AUGGCUUCGAAGCCGGAAGAUGACAAACCCACCAACGCCCUCGUCACCAUCUGGCAUGACAAUCCCGAACAAACGUCAGACCAGCAGGCCCGCAUGAGGACACGAAUGCAGAAGCGAUUCCUUGUGCAAGAGAGCGGCUACUUUAAGGCGAUGUUGGACAGUCCAUUCUUGGAAGCAAGCUCUGGCAUCAUUCAACUCCAUGAAGAUCCAGCCAGAGGUCUUAAACUUGUCCUUGACGCAUUGGACACGGGUCCAAGCGCACAUCAGAUCCUGCGGAGCAGCUUUGUAGGCAACGGAUUGAGCGACGCACGUCGCAUAUCUGAUGCUGAGGAGAUGUAUAUCGUCGCAGACAAAUACGAUAUGCCCUCCGUCCGAAAGCUGGUUGUCGAGGAAUUCCUGCCCCAAGCUUUCAACAACUUCUGUCUUAGCCACCCCUAUAGCUCCAUGUCUAGGGCCAGCCUCCUGUCCACACACUACAGCUUCCUGAACAAGCACUUCUCUGCAAUGGGAGGGUACCCAAGCGACCUCUGGCCCUUCUACGUCACCAUGGUUGUGGACUAUCAGCACACCGAUCCAGAAGUCGACCUCUUCUCCCACCUCGAGGAUAAUCCAAAGAUGGCAUGCUACGUGGCGAAACAGCUCAGCGUCAGACUGGUUGAAAUGGGAAAUGUGGUGGAGGAACUCAUGCCGUGGGUACGACGGCCCAGCACAGAAGGCAGCAAACAAAACGCGAACACUAGGAAGAGCAUAUAUCCUGAAGGCGCUCGCAAAGAUGCGUACAAAGACUUCGUCCAAGUGUUCGAUUCGAAGGUCUCAGGAUCGCAUCAAGACGGCUGA